AUGGCGCCGGCUCUAAAGCGCUCACAGCCGCAGGUGGUGGAAACACCAACCGCGAAGUCUACCCCGAAGAACAGCAUCAUUGUCGCAGGAACGAACCCCGUUCCUGCUGGCAAGGUUCAGGACACGCCUUCCAGCGACACCGAGUCCGCCCACAGCAACCACAGCAAUAGCCGCAGCGGCAGUCCGGCUGCUGAGGCUGAUCUCCCCGACACAAAGCCACGCACCGGCAACGACAAAACCGAGAUUCCGAUCCGGGCCAGCCGUGAGGCCGACGACAUGGACACUGACGUGCCCCACGUCUACAACAAACCCAACACCCCCGCAAACCACAAAACCCACAACGGCACCUUCCUGAAAUCCAUUACCAUGCCUCCACCGCCUACCUCCUCGUCGGCCGGCCCUGUCGACCAUCGCGACGGUAUGACCUACCAGGAUUAUGAGUUCUCCGAUAUCGAAGAGAUCACCGUUCGCCAGCUCAACGAGGACAUCGUCGCUUACCGCUACGAUUUGGAUUACUGCGAGGCGCACCUGCGCGACGACCAAUACCUCAAUGAGCGAAACCGGGACGGCAACAGCGAAGAUGACGACGGCGCGAAGGUGCCCGCGAUCGAUCCCGCGGCCGCGCUCACUCCCCAAGAGGCGCGCACUCUGCAAUUGCGCUGCCUGGAUUUGGGCCACCAGAUCCGCUAUUGCACCCACCGGAUUGAAAUGAUCAAGGCGCGGACUCGUAGGUCGUUUGGCGGCGCUGGCGGGAGUGACGUUCGAAACGGCGGUCUCUCGUUUUCGUCCUCGGCUGUUCGGGGCGGCGACUACGGCCGCGGCGCGCCUGCGAUGGAGUCGGUGUAUUCGGCGAACGGCCUCAACGGGCCCGGCAGACAAAACGGCCGGGGCGGUGGAUACGGCGGGUCGGCUCUUCCGACGCCCGGCCGACGUACUCCGUCGGGUGGCAGCAGCAGCGGCCUAGUCGCGGCCGGCAAGCGCACAGCCCUCGAUGACGGCGACCAUCUCUACCACGGCUACCACAACAAUGCGUCCCACACUAACAACGGUGGCGCAAAGCGAGUCCGCAUGUCGGCAGGUUCCCCGGAGAUGGACAUGCCCCAUGCCAACCACGCCCAGCCUGUUCAGCACGCCGCUCACAACCCCGUCGGCGAAGAGGGGGUGAACACGGCCCUGCAGCGUCUCGGGUUCUGGAAGUGCCGGCUGUGCUCGGCGCCCAAGUACCUGCUCGCCGGCGCGGGCCGAACGCCUGCCGCGCCCUGCAAGUGGCCGCUCAAGGACAUUUCCAAGAUGAUUACGCACUUUACCGAGAUGCACGGGGAGCACACGCCGGCGGAGCGAUGCGCUGAGUUGGGUGCUGCGUUGGCGCAGAAUCGCGGCCCCUUUGAGUACUGGCUUCGACGCACCCGGGCACAAAACAUUAGCGAUGGUGGCAUCAUUGACGACUGCUUCGACACACUGUUCAACGGCGAGAUGCCAGAGCUCCUGAGACGCCAUAGCCGUGCUGCCGCGGGCAUGCCGGGGCCCUAG